GCCCCGCCUUGUCAUCGCCUUCCCACAACAUAAAACAUCUGGAAGCAAUCCAAAAUGGCCGCCGCGACCAUGGCGGGGCUGGAAGCCCACACUAUGGAGGACAAAAAAUUUCAAUACUUUUCAUCCAUCAACUCCAUGGCCAGUAAGAUAAUGCAGGAGAGGGAGACAAUCAAAAGCAAGCACGGUUCGAUGUGGGACAAAAUGUCGCCCCAGGAACAAGACAGCGCCAUUGACAACAGUAUCAUGGAUCCCCACAUCCAGAGCCGAUAUGCGAUGCACAGAGUACACCGAGAAGAGGUGGUCUGUUACCCCAAACUGCUCAUGCAGACAGGCCAGAAAAUUGUCCAUUUCGGGGAAGAGGAUAUUACAUGGCAGGAUGAACAUUCCGCUCCUUUCUCAUGGGAAACCAAGAGCCAGUUGGAAUUCAGCUUGACGUCAGGCACUGCUGACCAGGCCGUGUCAGUCUCCCAGGGGGACCCGAAAACGGCAAAAAACCCUCACUCCAGUCAGAUUGGCAAGUGUACGGCCGGAACAAAGGUGUCGGUCAGUGAGAGCAGGAGGCCUGAGGAGGAGUCUGCUUUCUGGAAGAUCAGCGCAGAGAGGUCCAGGUUGGAGGGGGAGCAAGCUGACUUCCAGUCGCUUACCCCCAGUCAGAUCAAAUCCUUGGAGAAAGGAGAGAAGCCACUGCCCUCGUAUCUGCGCCAGGAAACGUGUUUCCCCUCCAAAGAGCAGGAGGCGAUGGCUGACCCCCACCCUCCAGCUCCAUCCAGGGCUACCAAAGAGAGAGCACCCAAACCCCCAGCGCCGCACCCUCCUGCUAUUGUCUCCGCCCCUGCAGUUGUGAGCGCAACUCCAGCGUCCAUCUCCAUCUCGCCGAGCCCCACCCCUCCGGUCAGCGUCUUGUCGUCAGUAGCGGGCUGGGAGCGAUCUCAGAGCACGCUGCCGGUCGUCGGCUACACUGUGGACGAGGUGUACCCCUCCAACAUCCUUUCCAAGUCCCCCACUCUCUCCAGCAGCGUCGAGAAGGAGAAGGAGCCCUCGCCCGGCAGUCCCGCCUUUUCCCAGUUCCACCCCAGCAACAACAUGAUGAAGACUGGGUUCGACUUCCUGGACAACUGGUAAACAGCAGCUGAGACGGGCCAGUGCAUAAAGGAUGCCAUCACCAUCAUCGCCACCACCACUUCGCUGCUCCACAUUGAGACAUCUGCAGUGGCUCGUAGAUCGUAAGCCUACCCUCGUUAGCUUUGAAUCCUUCUUGCCAAACACUUCCUGCUCCCCAUCUUCAUAUAAUCCCUUUCCCUUUGUUAGCGCUCAAUCCCAAAUAGCUGGACAGGCAAUCACAAAUUGCCAAAAUGUUCUUUCAAUAACACGACAACUUCUUGGCACUUCUGUAGUAAAAUAAUAAACAAGCUCGCACACAAUCCCAUGUUAUGAGAAAUAUUUACUGCCAACUAGCCUGUUGUUGCUUGCUCGCCUGACGCAACAAUAUCACUAGCUCUGUAAUGGCAAAAUCAUGUGACUUUUUAAAGUUUUUCCUCGCAAUUUUUAAACAACUGGUAGCAUCAAAAACAUAUAAUAGUAACCGCAUAAACAACCAGCUGGCUUUCAUUGCUAAUUCCAGUCCUUUUUGUGUUACAUUAUAUCCUAAGAUGUGUUUUAUUAAUCGGGUGCUUUAUGUAGCCUGCCGCUUGUUAAGAAAUUGAUCAAAUGGUACCAAACAUACGCGAGUUAUUAUGGCAUGUGUUUAUCUGCCUCUUUUUGUAUGUUUUUAAUUUAUCAUUUACCACCAGACGUGUUAAAGAAUUUUUUAGGCAGUUAAUGCAUCAUAAUUGCCACUAAAGAACUAUUUUAUUGAAGUUUAUAUAUGAUAUAGAGAUUAUUCAGCUAGUUUACAAGUGUACCCAUGUUGUACUCCAUUUUGAAGUCACACAGUACAAUAAAAUUAAGAAAAGUCCAAG